AUAUAUAUAAUAUAGGAUUGAGAAAGCAAUCACGUUUUAAAUUAUUUAUGUCAGAGGCAAGAGUGUUUGACGAUAGGGGACAAAAUUUAUUUUUAGGCCCCUCCCCCCCAAUAAAAUAUCAUCAAACCCAUUUAGUCAACCCAACUAUUGUUGUGGCACCCAGUGACAUAUGUCCCCCUCUAUCCACCCUUAGCUACAUCUCUGUUUCUGGUCCUUGUAUGGGGGCCAUCCAUAAGCAAUGUCACGCAUCUAACGGGUGUCUAAUUCGUGUUACAAUUAUGUGACUUAGGAAGGGGGAAUAAGCCCAAACUGUGUGAUGUCACUUGUAGAUGGCUCUAUAUGGUGCUUGUGGCUUUGUCAGUUGGAAUGUACUCAAACGAAAGUAUACUGGUAAUACUGUCCAAGAAUCAGGAUGUUAUAUUAGAGCUAUUCUUUAACUUCAAAUGCAUAUUACAGGUAUAUACACUGAGAAUAAACAGUAGCCUAAUUCUGAAUAUGUAGGCUUAUUAUAUAUAUAUAAAUAUGAAAGUCCUGAGAGACAGAGACGUAGCCUUAAACAAAUCCAGUGGUCAAACCACAUGAAACCACAUGUAGAGGCAGAGGAAGGAUUGCCAGCCACAAAAAUGAAAAAAGGAGGCCUAUUCAUAUUAACAAGUAGGACAUUUUAUUUGGAAGGAGAUUUCAAAGUUAAACUAAAUUUAAGAUACAUAUGUGUAUUCCGAAAUAAAUAACUACAACAUUAAAAUAAGGCUAUAGAUACCUUUGAAACUUAGGCAUUUAAACUUAUUUCUCAGAGCUAUUUUUGACAAAAGUUAUUCAUUUCUUAAUAAGCAACUAUAAAAAUUUGAGCAAGUCAUAUUCUUGAAAUUAUCAUUUUCACUGACUCCUCAUCAAGUCUAUUCCGCGACUUGGUCCAUUGAGACUUUAUAAGUGAAAAAACGCUCUCCACAUGAGCAUUAUGAUCAGGAACGCAAAAAUAAAAUUCACACAUUUAUUCGGAAAGCAAUCAAUAUUGGGGCAAGAUUUGAAAAGUACCAUCCAAUGUACAUGCAGCCUGUGAUCUUCGAGGAACUUAAACACUUCAUCUUCAGAUUUGCGGAAUAACAUCAGGUUGAAAAAUUGGCCAUACGGUUUCACAUCAUCAAUGAUAACACCUCUCUUUUGUAAGAACUCACUAAAAAGAAUCGAUUCUUCAUAUUUAUAUUAAUUGAAUUGUGUUCUUUAAGUACUAUUCAUUAAAUUCACUUUAACUCAAACAAUUGUUACAUCCAUUUUCCCAAGUAUUCAAAAGAUGUUUUAUAAACACUUUGAAAUUUGUUACAUAUGCCCUGCUCUUCUUCAUUUCAACCAUUGAUUUGAAGAACAAAUAGUUUCACCUUCAGGGACAAAAAUGUGUCUUCAAUUUUGUUUUUCAGCAAUCACUGUAUUGAUUCUGAGAUUUUCAAAAUUCCCAGUACUGAGUUAUAUUCUUAUUCUACAGAUACCAAGUUGACUUGAAAUACAGACAUUAAAGAGUGUGUCAACCAAAAAUAUACUUCUGACAAUGUAUUUUCAAUAAAUUCUUCAGUGUGAAGGGCGGCUGGUAUUGGGAUAUCCAUAUGGUUUGAGAGCAUCAAAUUAAUUUAUAAAUCUCUCUCUACUGCUAGGAACAAACUCAGCCUCCAUGUUUUGCUGUGAUUAAGUAAGUUUGAUAAUUAACUUCAAGGAAAUCCCAAAAACUCUUUCAGAGCAUCAGUUCUCAACGUACAACUAGAAAGGAAAAAAAUAUUUUCAAUACAAUCGACUCCACAUCUGUUCUCUUUAAGUCAACGCCAUGUCAAAGGCUAAUACACUGUUAUGAGUAACAUGAGCUAGGCAACCAAUUUCAAUAAAAUUAUCAUUCUCAAAAGUUUUCUUUAAAAACUUGUGCAUUAUUGUCUAUUAAGAUAACAUACUUUGAAGACAAUCAUGCUUUUCAAGAGUCUGUAAUAAACAGUUAUUGUUUCUGACUUUUCAUUUUGGCAGGUUACAUGGAUCAAGAACUUUUGCUUCAAUUCUUUGACAAGUCCAAUUAUAAAAGAUAACUAAAAUAGGGAAUAGUUUUUCGGACCCAUGAUUGCUUUCAACAGUAGCUAUUGAAAUGAUCCUUAUCUUUUGCAAUGACUCACUUAUUUUGGAGCUAUCACAUAACUUAUAAUAGCUUCUGUCUUGUGUGUGGAGCUUUCACAUAAUUUUAUAAUAGCUUCGAUCUUGUCUGUGGAGCUAUCACAUAAUUUAUAAAAAGCUUCUGUAUUGCAUAUGAAGUGUGGAGCUUUCAGAUAAUUUAUAAUAGCUUCUGUCUUGGUUUCAAGUUUGUGACAGUUUCUGAAUCAUCCAAUAUUACUCGUUGGUGAUGUUUAAUGGUAUGAAAUGCCAGAGUUCCCACUGCGGCAUUUGCUUUCUUAAGAGUGUAUGAAGAAAGUUAUGUGUGGAAAAAAUGUUUUACUUAAGACUUAAGGUAAUGAAUCUGAAACUCAAAUCAUCUCUUUAUGCUUCUCAGAAUCAAUGUGACGUUGUAAUGCAGCGGAACCUAUUAUUGUUAUAUAAGCGACCCAAUUUUUAUUUACCAAAAAAUUAAAUAAAACGAACAGCACAAAAGCAAGGGAAAUUAUUUAAUGAAUGAAGUCCUCUCGUAAACACUGCACCAACCACUCGAAUUAAAAAAGUAAAAGUGGGAAAUACUCUGUUAUUCUACUGCGACACUCAUGCAUGUGAAUCAUUCAAAGUCACAGUUCCUUUUUGUUGACUAACUGCAUGAACAAAAUGGAUCGUUAUUUUUAAAUCCUUUAUGUUAAAUUCACUUUUGUGUGCUUAGGGCAAAAUCUUCGGACGGCUUAUUUACCCACUUCCUGUCAACCUAUCAAGCUGAAACGUGGCACAUUGCCUCAUUGCUGAUGACAUCAUAUUCUAUCAAAAUUUCAUUCCUACCCCCAACCCCCACAUAAAAAUCCUGUUUUUAAAGGGGAAGGUGAAGGAAAUAUGAUAGCAGUAAUUUCAAGAAAUUAAAUUCCCAAAAACUGCCUGAAUGAGAGUCUUUAAAAGAAAAUAUCACCAAUGUGUAUGGUGCGUAAUACUUUAUUUUGUUUCUCUGAAAUAGUUGGUGAAAUAAAACUUGGUGUAAAACAGGGUGGGACAUAAGAAUAUUAUAAAUUAUAAAAUUAUUUUUUAAAGCACAUAAAAAAAGAAUUUAUAUGAAAAACUUUGUUUUAUAUUUUAAGGGUUGUUUAAUUAACAGUCAAUUAGUUAGUGAGUUAUUGGUGUACAGCAGUUAAGAAGAUAAUUUUACGUGUAGUCUUAGAUUGAUAGGUGAUUUUUUUAAAAAAGAAUUACAUUUUUAUGUUAAAGGAGGACAUUUUUAACCAUCUGGCAACCCUAGACAUAGGCCUUUCAAUAAAUUAUGUAUUAUUUUUACUUCGAUUUUGCUGGCAGGUUUUCUCCUCUUUAAGUCUACUAUAAUUACUAUGAGCAUAACUAAGUCUAUUGUGGUCUUGUCUUUUGUAUCUUAUUGGAAUUGUAGUGGCAUUUCCCUGCAUUGGCUCUCUCCAAAAACAUCCAGUACCUUAAAUUUAAUCCGUUAACCAAUAAAAUUUCGGAUUUCUAAUACAGAUAAUGUUGCUUUCGUACUUUAGAGUUGCCUACAUGUGUCAGAAAUGAGAUCUUGUCUGCUUGAUAAUAUUGAUGGGUGGUUUCAUCAUCAACGUACACAUUGCUAUUUGAUAGCGUAAAUCUACAGAUUUCAGACUAGCAACUGUCUUCAAAAUAAUCAUUUGAUAGUUAUAUUUACAAAAAAGUAGGUGUGAAAUUAAACAAUCGAGAUUAAAGUAAUAAAGUUUAAGUUACUCAUUACUCAAUUCGACUUCUUAGUAAUCUUAUUCUUAGAUUCUUAGCCUUCUAGCUGGUGACCAGACUCAGACUAUACUUGUGAGCAGUGUUUCUUUUAGGAAUUUCCCGGGGGGCAAUGUUUGCAGUAGAUUUAUUGUUGGACAUAUUUUUGCUGGGGGUGGGGGGGCCUGUGUGUGUGUCACAGUGUGUGUUGUUAACUUAACUAGUCUUAACUGAGUGCACUCAUGAGGCUGACAGUCUCUUGUGCAGGCUACCCUUUGACUCAGUCAGUCACAGUGUCGCUAAAUUUGUAACUUAUGCUAGUCAAGGAGCAUAGUCUACUAUAUUUAAUAAAUACAUCAUAUAAUAAUAAUAUAGACUAUAGAAAGUGAAUGUUUGUGGCUGUGUUGGUGGAUUUAUUAUAAAUUAUAUGUUUUUACAUAGAUUUGAUGGAUCUUGACCGAACUUGGCACAUAUGAAUAUGUCCAUAAUUAUGAACUUUUUAUAACAUUACAUUUGGGGCAAUGUGUCUAAAAUGUUUGUUUUUUUUCGUAUAUAAAUAUAAUAAAUAUAUAUAAAUAAAAUUAAAAACAAAUACUCCUACACUAUAGGAUGGAAUAUAGAUGGAUCUUGAUCAAACUUGGCACACAUACACUUGAUUAUCCAUAUUCAUAUACCGAAGGGUACCUAACUCAUAAUAUCAAUCAGAGGCCCCAUUUCAUUUUUCCAGCUGAUUUUGUCAAUUUUGAGUUAGCGGUAAGGUCGACGAUGUGUUCCACAGUAUAUAGGUCGCAGAGGUUCCCCAAGGUCCAUUUCUGUCUACUAAAAAGAUUUCGCUGUUUGUAUUUACAUAAUGCAAUUGUUUUCUUAUUUUAUAUUUUUUGUUAAAUUGGGGAGGUUUUCCCCCUGCCCAGGGAAUUUCUAUGUUUCUUGUUUUGGUAUUUAAAGCGAGGGGCAGGUUUGAGGAGGGGUCUCCUCUCCACAGAAGAUCAUUCCAAAUGCAAUUUAAGCAGUAGUCUCCCUUUUGUUACCUAAGUUUCAACAAACAGGUAUUUUGAUUUUAACUAAUCGAAAGUAAUUUUUAUACAUGUUUUGAUGGAGGAUAUUAAAUUUAAUCGAGAAUGUUCCAGAAGGUUCUAUUUUGUUCUACGGGGAUAGAUAAUGGGAUCUAAAAGCUUAUUUGAACAAAAUCGCACUGAGCAUGAUCCCAUAGAGAAACAGGAUCCUAAUGGGGAACGAGAUCCAACAGUAAACUGGAACCCAUCGGUUAAGCCAUCCCAUCGAGUAACAGGAUCACACCAGGAAACAAGACUGCACAGGGAUUGGGGUCUUAAUGCAAUCCCGAGCCAUGUCGGGUAUAUUGGCUUGUAAAUUAUAAAAAUAUGAAUAUGGUAAAGUAAAAUCAUACCAUUCAUAAGUAAUACAAAUAUAAUAAUAAUAAUACAAAAGACCAAAAAAAAGGAUUCUGUGGGCCCGUUUUUUUAAAGUGAGAGUUGCACCAUGCUGUUAGCAGAGCAUAAAAUCUUUUAAACAAUUAACCAUCGUGCUUCCAAAAAAUAAAUGAUUCCUCCAUAAUCAACAUUUAUAAAUUUAAGGAAUUCCUUGGAUGGAUGAUGAUUCAAUCCGUUGGUGCUUAUGAAAUUUACGGCAUUGAUGACAUUCUGCAUGACGUUAUCCAUUUUUAAAGAUUUUGAGCAAACAUUUUCUUAGUGUACUAAGCAGUGAUAAUUGCAUCAUCUUCUAUGAAUGUUUAAGUCCAUCUCUUUUACCUAUCAUCUUCGGGCACCAUCAAUGUUCACAAUACAGUGGCGUAGCAAGGGGGGUGCAGACUGCACCGGGUAACACCAUUUUAGGGGUGACACCCAAUUGAAAAAUUGCAUAUUUACAGAGCAAACACACUGCUCUGUCUAGGCGAGAUUUAUAAAAGGAUAACGGAUCACACAUACAUUUUUCACAAAUUCGUGCUUUAUUAAAAGGUCAAGGUUGAUGCGCCAGAAAUGAGAGGACCUUAUUUUUAGGUCAGAAAACACAGUCAUUAUUCCACGCCGAUUAAAGUGUUCGGUAACUUCCGUAAGUGACAGGAUGCUAUAUUUAUCUAAAUUGUGAGAAAUAAGGUUUCCUUUCUGUGUUGUAUUUUGGACAGUCCUGUGACUGUUGUUUUCAAACUGUUAUCAGUAAUUAUUUUGUUUGUUGUCUUGAACAUGACAAAAUUAAAGCAUUUUUAUUGUUUAAGAUUAUUAUAUCAUGCCACACGCCGUGCACAAAUCUAAACGACCAAGUGGCUGUCAGCAGUGAAAAGCAAAAAAAGAAAAUACACAACUCACUAAAAAUCACUACCAGAAUACAUGCUUCCAGAUCAAGAAACCAAAUGAUGACCAGGGUCAGGGUUCAUCAAAAGACUUUCCUCAGCCUACCACUGAUACUGAUACUGAUUCUCCCGAUACCAGCAGCAUGCAUUCUUUUCAGCAAAUAGUGGAGAAAAUGGAAGAGAUUAAUGUGAAAACACAAGUAAAAAAAAUAGAUGGUUUGGAAACAGAAAUGUUUGCUGAUAAUGUUGAUUCAAACCAAGUUACUGUAAGUGUAAUGGUUAUUGAAAAAAAUUGGCACAUUUCAUCAGAUGCUUCUCUCUGGAAUGUACCAGUUCCAGAUCAUUUUCGGUCUGAAAUUAUUAAAAUAUGGAGUACCUCAUUUUAGAACAAGAACAGACUAUUCAGCGUAGUGACAAGGCAAAAUGCGAAAUCUAAAGGAGGUGUGCGCCAACUAACAAAACAAUCUACGGGAUGAUGCAAAAUAGCGAGAAAAUACUGUGGUCGUGGAUGGUUUGUUCACUCAUCAGACAGAAAUAGUAUUGUUUUUGCUGCAGAUUGUUUGCUGUUAAUGUUACAGAAACAACAUAUAAAUUUGUUACUGGCUUUGAUAAGUGGUGGAAAAUGAGGUCAAAAUUAGAAAAUAAUGAGGCAUCGGAAGAGCACCUAUAUUGCCUUGAAAAGCAAAAGGCAUUGGCAGCAGGAUUUAGGAUACACAAAACAAUUGAUGCCGAAAUUAUUGCUAUGAUGGACAGUGAGAAGAAAAAGUGGAGGGCUAUCCUGCACAGAUUGCUGCAUAUCACAUUGUUUCUUGCAAAGAAAAUCUGGCACAACAAAGAUGAAUCUUCACUGAAACUUUCUUGAAAUGGUUGAGAUGCUAUCUAAAUAUGGCCCAGUGCUAAAACAGCACCAAAUGAUACUAAAGAGAAAUACAUCUACAGAAAAAGCAUCCGCAUCUUACCUUGCACCAAAAACCCAAAAUGAAUUUAUAAAUGUCCUUGCAAAUCAUGUGAAGGAGAUCCUUAUCAUGGAUAUAAACUAAUAAAGGCUGUGAGAAAUAUUUAUGAUCCACCAAGGACAGUUUAGGCUUUCUGAUGAGGCUCUGCUAUCAAUUGAAAGUGAUGCGGUGAAGGACGUUGAUUUUGAUCCAAAGACAAGGAAAGGAACUUUUUUUUUAAAAGUAAACUUAAUGUAAAAAUUAAUAUAACUUAACGUUAAAGUUGUUAAAUACAUUCACCUCAUGACCUUCGAUGUAUGCGUUUUUGUCCUUGUCAAUGUUUUAAUGCUACUUAUUUUAACAAAAAGAAAUCCAUCAUGGAAGUUGUGUGUGUAGGGGGGGGGGGUGACACCAAGAGUUUACCCAACCGGGGGACACCAACCAUUUGUCCUUGUCAAUGUUUUAAUGCUACUUAUUUUAACAAAAAGAAAUCCAUCAUGGAAGUUGUGUGUGUAGGGGGGGGGGGGGUGACACCAAGAGUUUACCACACCGGGUGACACCAACCCUAGCUACGCCACUGUCACAGUAUACAAAGAAAAACGCUUUAAUUUAUGUUAGUACAUAAAAUGUCUUACAGUAUAAAACUUAGGAGUUAUAAAAAGUGUUUUUAACAAGUGUUUCUUACCAGGUAAGACAGUGUGGCACCUGCAAAGGAUAAUUGCAUUUUUAUUCAAAAUCUCAAAAAGUUUAAGUUGAUAUGAAUUUUUUGUUAGGCCGCACUCAGAAUCAUCUUGGCCCCGGAGUUGGACACCACUGCUUUAAAAGGAACCUUGUUUUAUUAAAAAAUUGAAUAAUGAAAUCUCCAUUUUCUAAGAAAUAAAAGCAGCAAACCAGGCACAGAUGAGAAGUGAAUUGUUAGUAGCAUUGCUUAAAUCAAAUAAUAUGUUGUUGGGACUCUCAAGUUUAAGAUAAUUUCUUUUUAAACAAGAACACAUAGUUGGUACCGGUAUCUAAUUUUAUUUCAUUAAAUUUUCCUGCUAAAUAAUUAUUUCUCUUAAAAUAUAUCUGCUAAGUUGCAUGUUAUAAAGACAAUGAAAUUCAUUAUUUUAAAUAAACACCCCAUUAAAACUCUCCAAAAUCAAUGAAAUAAAUUAGCCUGUUUAAUAUUUUGUACAUUUUUUUCCUGGAAGAAAUAGAAUUUGUAAAACCCUGAAUCCCCUACCCGAAAAGGGAGAAUAGACUCAAGAUGGUGUAAGAAUUUAGUGAGACCAGGGAAAGUGUUGCAUGUGGGGAGCAAAUUCAGUUAAGAUUGUCACCAGACAACCUGGUUUGUUGUUUUUGUUUUAAUCUGUAAGAACAAAACUUCAAUUGUUUUCUUUUUUAGUUAUUAUUUAUAGUACACAAACACAAAUAACCGUCUUUUAUUAAUUGCCUUAGGACUAAAAUUGUAAUUAAAAAAACAUCCUUCCUGCAAUGCAUGGGAAAUCCACAAUCAAGAUGACUUUAUAUCUUGGGAUUUUUUAGUUUUGUUGUGUUAUUGGAAGGGAAUUUCUAAUUAAAUAGUUUUUCUUUCUUUCUAUGAAGCUUUCUCUCACAAUGUCUGAAGUUCAGGCAGCUCAAGUAGCGUCUAUAGACCUAAAUAAAGGAGAAACUGCUAAUGAGGACCUUGUAGAUCCAUGGAAUGUUCAGUCAUCUUCUGCCACUGGAGUAGAUUAUGACAAAUUAAUAGGUAAUAGCUCUAUUUUAUUUAUACUUCAUUACAAUUUGUGUAUACCAGUACUUUUUUUUAAUCAAGCACAGAACCUAUUGUUUAAAAUCACAAAAAAUUCAAUUUUAACCUAUUUUUGGUUAUCUAUUGUUGAUUUCAACAGUGAGGUUUGGCAGUACACCAAUAGAUGAUGAACUCAUUCAAAGAAUUGAAAGAGUUACAGGGAAACCGGCGCAUCCUUUCCUGAAGCGUGGUAUAUUUUUCUCUCACAGGCAAGUCAUUUUAUGAUUUAAAACGUGCUGCAUAAGUGCGAUACAAUCUUGUUUUGAAGCAAAAUUCAAUAAUGAGUUAGAAGAUUUUAAGACAAAAAAAAGGUUUGAAAAAUUAGUUUAAUGUUGCAAUGUGACAAUAAUUUUAGAACAUCUGUUAGUUAUUUAAAGGUUUUAUUGACAUAUUAGUUGUUGGUAAGCAGAAUUCAGUUAUCUCUUGGUAUCUUUUCUGUUAAUCAUUUCCACUAUAUAAUAGUUAUCAAAAUAAUUGUUAACAUCAACAAUGCUUUAAAACCAGUAAUCUCACUGAUACCGGAUACUGCAAUCGUAUUUUAUUUCAAUGUGUUUCUUUUUUUUUUUUUUAAUGUACAGGGAAAUGCACAAAAUUCUUGACCUACAUGAGCAAAAGAAACCAUUUUAUCUUUACACAGGCCGGGGACCAUCUUCAGAAGCCAUGCACAUGGGGCACUUGAUCCCUUUUGUCUUUACAAAGUAGGAUUUUAUCAUAAAAAAAUAAGAGUUUGCACUGAGAGGAAAGAAAACUAACCUUAAAAUUUUUUCUCUAAUGACUUAAAAUUGAAAGUUAAAUAUUUCUUAAAGUUGAUCUUGCUUUUGUUUAAGAUGGUUAGUGUGCACUUUUUUCUAAUACUUUUGAUAUUUUGUCAUCACAUUCACAUCAUCCGUUAAAGUGUCAGAGCAAACCAUAUACAUCUAGUUGACAAUUAAAUACCGGUAAUAUAUAUGAGUUGUUACUGUAUGUCUUUUUGUUUUCUCUAGCCACAUUUAUGUGAUAAGUUUCAUUGUAUCCACCAGGUGGCUUCAGGAAACAUUUGAUGUACCACUUGUCAUACAGAUGACUGAUGAUGAGAAGUAUCUUUGGAAAGAUAUCUCUAUGGAAGAAGUAAAACGUGUUGCCCUGGAAAAUGUUAAAGACAUAAUAUCACUUGGCUUCGAUGUUGAAAAGACUUUUAUCUUUUGUGACUUAAAUUAUAUAGGGUACAUUUUUCAAAAAUUCUUUAAAAUGUUUGUGGGACGAAAGAUUUAAUGUUAUGUAUUUAAUUUAAGAUUUUAAUAUUACUCUUAGACAGCAGUCAUGUCACAAUCCACUUACACACAUUUUAGUCUACUUAUGUUUUAUCACAGUCCAACACACUUGCCAGUAUUUAAGCCUUUUAAAAAUAACUCAUUCUGUAUUUAUUAGUAUUGGCUUAAUAAAUUUUUUUAUGUUACAUUUAUUUGCCUCUCAAUAUUUGCAGACAGUGUCCAGGGUUCUAUCAAGUGAUAGUUCAAAUCCAGAAGCAUGUAACAUUCAAUCAGGUCAAGGGCAUAUUUGGUUUUGGUGACAGUGACUGCAUUGGAAAGAUAUCAUUUCCUGCCAUACAAGCGGCACCCAGCUUUAGCAUUGCCUUUCCUCAAAUAUUUAAUGGCAGAAGGAAUAUACCCUGCCUUAUACCAUGUGCGAUAGACCAGGUACAAAUAUUUCAACCUGUUGUACUAAAUCAUGAGUGAACUUUAUUUUUUCUUUUACUAACAAACAGAAGACAUUAAAGCCAUUGUCUGAAAUUUUACAAGAUUAAUAAUUAAUAUUCAAGCCAUACAAUUUAAAGUAUUUGUAAUGUUUGUUUGGGGAAAGAUUUGUCAAGGAAGAUAUAUGUAAUAAUAGAAUCUUAAUCUGGAUUUUUUUUUAGUUAAUUUAAAAAAACAUUUCUCAUUCAUCUUUUUUUUUUUUUUUUUUAAACAGGAUCCAUAUUUUAGAAUGACAAGAGAUGUAGCCCCCAGGAUAAAUCUACCAAAACCAGCUUUGUUACAUUCUAUAUUUUUCCCCGCCUUGCAAGGUGCAACAUCAAAAAUGUCAGCUAGUGAUCAAAAUUCAUGUAUUUUACUCACAGACACACCCAAUCAAAUUAAAAACAAGGUGAGAAGUCAAAGAAUAAUUAAUACAAAAUAUUAAUAAUAAAUAGUUCAAAUUUACAAAUAUUAACUUCACAAAUAGCACUAGCAAUGCUUUCAAAUAUGCUACUAAUUUUACACAUAUAGAUCCUUACAGAAUUGGACAGUGUUAAUUACAGCGCACAUUCUUAUAUUUUUUUUAAUGUACUUACCUUUGCCCCAUGAGCAGUGCAGCAGCAAUGCUGAGGUGGCUGUAUUGUUGAGCAAACCUUUAGAGUAAUAUUGCAAUCUUGUCAACAUAAGUUUUAGAAUCCUAUCUCCCUAUCCUAUCCACAGUCAAUUGUCAGUUUAAUUAUUAAAAAUACAAUAUCCUUUAUUCAAAGCAAAACAGUAGUUACAAAAGGUUCAAUAAUACCUUAUAUAAUUAAUAAAUAUUCUAUCUGGUUCUUUUUCUCCCCUUUUUAUUCAUGACUUUUGCCCAGUAAUCAAAGCAUGGGACAAUUCAUUCUUACUCCAGUGCAGUAUCAUAUCAUAACAAAUGGCUGAUGGUUGUAGUAAAUACAUUUCUGAGCCACUUCCAGCGGCUGCAAGAAGCUAAAGGGUUAAUCUGGGGUGCUACCUGACCAAUACUAUAGACUGACAGUAAUGCUCAACUCAAGGGUUGUAGAUCAGACUAAGAACUUGUAUCAACAGAAGUACUCUACAGUGUUCCUUAGCUAUCAGUAGUAAUUUAUAGUAUGUGGCUCUCCCUAACCUCUUAGUAGAAUAUUUGUGCACUCUCACUUCAAUUUUUCUAUAAUUACAAGACUGACUAAUAAAGCCGGGCAUAACUCAUAUGGUAGUUUUGGCUGAGUGCUUAAGUACCUAACCCAACCUUAACAAUCAUCAUCUGACUGCUCUUAUCUUAAUUAUUUAUUUUCCCAACAGAUCAAUAAGUAUGCAUUUUCUGGAGGUCAAGCUACAGUUGAAGAGCAUAAGGAAAAGGGGGGUAACUGUGACAUAGAUGUUUCUUUCCAGUACUUGAAAUUUUUCUUGGAGGAUGAUCAGAAACUUGAGAAAAUCAGACAAGUGAGUGGACUGUUGAAUAAAAGAAAUAAAUUCAGUAGUGUAGAUGUCUUUAGAAAAUCUAGCAUCAUGGCAACAGACCUAUUCUUACAAUUUUGGCGUACAAUGUAUGAUUUGUCACUCUCCAUACACCGCUAAUCAUCAGAUCAUCUCCAUCCGCCAAUACCUCACAGUUAGUGCAACAAAAACCCUAGUCUGUGCUCUAGUUCUCUCUUGUCUUGACUAUUGUAACUCUCUUCUAUCAGAUUCACCAAAACACUUCUUAGAAAAAUUACAGAAGGUUCAAAACUCAGCUGCUAGGCUAAUUCUUAAGGCAAAAAAACGUGAUCACGUCACACCACUACUUCAUUCACUUCAUUGGCUUCCUGUACAAGCACGGAUUGACUACAAACUCUCUGUUCUCUGCUACAACUUUUUCUCGAAUUCCUCCGCUUCCUAUCGAGACGAACUUCUCUCUGUCUAUUCGCCCCUUCGACAGCUUCGCUCCUCCACAGACGCGCUUAUUCUUUCUGUCCCCAAGACUCGCACAAAAAUAUACGGUGAGCGAUCAUUCUCUUUCUGUGCCCCAAAACAAUGGAAUUCUCUUCCAUUACACAUCCGCUGUAUACCGACCAUCACAGCCUUCAAAACUGCACUCAAAACACUUAUUUUUAAACUCUACUAUCCUGACUGAUUCCCACCUCUGACAAAAAAAACAUGCUGUUGGGUGUCAUCCAUGGCUUGACAUGUUAAUAGUUUUAAAUAUACAUUUGUUUUGUUUUAUUUAAUUAAUGUAUGUUAAUUAAUUUUUUAAGUUUUUUAUUAUGUUUGUUAAAUUGUAUGUACAGCGUGGUGAGCCCAGCCCUAGGCUGGGGUAACACGCUAUAUAAAACCACUUAUAAUAAUAAUGAUGUUGAGAAGUCUUUUAUGAUUGUACACCUAGACCUGUCAGAACUAAAUUUUUAGAGACCAGGUUUAAAAUAUAAAUAAUCUGGAAGUUUUUCCAAUUUAAAAAAAUUAAAAAGUACAUUUUCAGUUGUUUGUUUUAGCUCCUUUCUGCAUCCAGCGGUGAAUGUAUUAAAAAAUAUGAAUUAGUUGGGGACCAUCUAUAAUUACUUUACGUUUGUCCUGAGAGGGAGUGAUUUACGAGAUUUUGUGUACCAUGUUUUUCGCAAUGAUUGUCAUAUUGUUGCUUUGUGUUCUCGUAGUGAACUGGCUAGACACUGCAAUAGUAAUAUUAGUGUAGUCGCCCUAGUGACAAUUUUAGCCAAUCCUAACUUUUUUUACCUUCAGGGCUGUUUGACGUAAUUUUGUGACAUUAUUUCUUCUCAUCUGUUCCGGAGAGCAACAUUAGAUUUCAAACUAUUUUAUAAGAUCUGAGUCUUUGAAAUCUAUUUAUAAAACACACAAAAUAGCUGUACGAUUUUUGGUACCAACUGUUUGGUUCCAACAUUCCUCUUCCAUUCAGCCAUUUGUAGCUUCUGGUAGUUAUCAUUAUUAGAUUAUAUAACAGGAAAAAGGCUUAGUUGAUAUUAAUUCUUUCUUUUUUUUAAACCAGAUUUUUCCUAAACAAAUUAAUCUCAAGUAACUUGGUGAGGUUUGUAAAUGACGUCCUCAUUGGAAAAUUAAUUCUCAUCUCAAUAAAUGUUAUUUUAAGCUGAAGUAACUUCAAAUUCAAACCAUGUUAAAUUUCACCAGUAACUUUAUUUUUACCAGUGAUAGACUGUGAUAAUAUAAUCUACACAAACAUGUCCACCCUAAUAUUAAUUGGUAUCUAUAGCAGAUAUACUUACAUCUGCAAAACAAAGCGACUGCAGAUUGCAAUAUAAACAUCAGUUAUCUACUUUUGGAAGUUACCUCUUUUGAUGACUACUUAACUCGAUCUCACUCAACAUGUGAUGCGAGUGGUUACUGUAAACAUAUAUUAUGAUAUAUACUGUAUUUUUAUUUAUUUACUAUUAAGAUACUGUAUUGUCUGUAUUUAGAGGAUACUGUACAAUUUUAGGAGUUUGAGGGUAAUCAGGCCUGUGACAAACUGAACACUUUUUCUAAAAUUCUCAAAACUUUAAGAAGAGCAAUAUUAUAUGUCAUGAUUCUUGUGAUUUAAUUGUGGAUUUUAUAGUAAUCAGUACAUUAAUAGUUUUGUCUUGACUUGUUAGGAAUACACAAGUGGAGAACUGCUGACUGGCCACUUGAAGAAAGAACUUAUUGGUGUGCUCCAGCAGAUAGUAGGAAGUAUACAAGAGAAAAGAAAAGCUAUUACAGAUGAGGUUGCACAAGAGUUUAUGACCCCACGGAAACUGAAGUUUGAUUAUUAAACACAGCAAUGUUGUUAAGGAAAGACUAAAAAUUCAUUAGAUAAGUCUUGUCAUGUAAAUGUAUAUAUAUUUAAGGCAAGGGGCAUUUCUACCAUGCAUUUUCAUUGACUUGCAAUAUCUAUUUAUUUAUGUUAUUACAUUACAAUUUUUCUGAUCCAAAAUUGUUUUUGUGCAGAAAGUUAAAAAAAAUUGUUGACACAUUCAAAAAAUACAAAAAAACUAAUUCUUUUAAUUUAAAUAUAUUCCUUUUUUUUUGGAUCUGUUAUGAUUUUAUUUUUUAAAGAACUAAAUGUAAAAUUUAGUAAAUUAUGAGUGUAGAGAUUUAAGUUGCUUUGUACUUGGAGCUAAAAAAAAUUAUCAAAAUCUGAUAUUGGUACCAAAAUAAAGAAAAAGUAUGCAGAAAAGAAUGCAAUUUUUUUUUUUUUCUUUUUCUCAAAUGUUACAUAAUUUUAAAAAGAAUUUAACUCAAUUAUCAAAAUUUCAUCAUUAUAUAAUGACCACACUUUAUAUAUCAUCCCUGAUAUUCUGUUAUAACUCUGCAAGUUUAUUUUUGUUGAUACACUUGACUAUACACCUAGAUUGAUUAUAUAAAAGUAAGACAUUUAUGUGGCAUAAAUUUUCUGAGGCAUCAAGAAGUUGAUGUAACAGCUUUGGUUCCUUGAUUCCUUCACUUAAUAAUAUCAUCAGCACCUUACUAUUGCCUUCAACCAACAUGUUUAUCAAAUCAUACCAAUUAUAUUGGAUGGAAAUACAGUGGAACCUCUCAUAACGAGCAUAAUUCAUUCCAGAAUCUUACUCGUUAAGCGAAACACUCGUUAAGCGAAACAAUUUUUCCCAUACAAAUCAAUGUAAAAUACGAUAAUGCGUUCCAUGCUGAAAAAAUACUAAUUUUUCAAAAAAAAUUUAAUAACAUUUAUUCAAAUAAUAUUACUUAUGAAUUGUAACAACUUGGAAUACAAUUUAGAUUUGAAACAAAAAAACGUAAAUAAAAAUAUGAAUUUAUGACAAAUAAUUAAUCCUUUUUAACUAGAAAACUGUCUAAAGACAUUUGUUUUUGCAGACGCUUCAAAAUUUGACGAAAAUGUGUCACAGCAUUAUCAUUGAAUAAAUUUGUAGCACGAAUAGCCACCUCCUUAUUAGGGGUGAUGCUUCUCAAUGUACGAUGCAACAGUUUCCCAUGCUUUCAGCAUUUCUCUCAUUGCGCUAGAAGAUUGUUGCUCUGCUACUUCCUCCUCCAUUAAUGAGCUCUCCUCCAUAAUUUCUUGCUGUGAAACACGAUGCAACUCCAUAAGCUCUUCGGUGGUCAACUCUUGACUGUGCUCUUUCACAAGCUCUUCAAUAUCGUUGUUGUCCACCUCGAGUCCCAUGAUAUUGGCCAAUGACACAAUAUAGUUAAUUGUAGACUCCACAGGUACGGUUUCAAAAUCACAUUCAACAAUACUCUGGCCAAAGUAUUUCCACGUAGAAGUGAGGGAAAAAGGGACUUCCCCUUUCUGCGUAACUCGUUAAACGAAAUGUCCCUCGUUAAGAGAACAAUUUCUUCACAUUUUUUUUGCUAGUUAUGCGAAUUAAUCAUUAUGAGAGGUGCUCGUUAUGAGAGGUUCCACUGUAUAUAUAAAUAUAUGUUAAGAAUCUGCACUAUCAUUGAAUGACAUAAUUAUUAACUAUUUUUUUUAAUGAAAUAAGCUCUUAAUUUUUUAGGCAUGUUGCUGAAGUUAUAAACAGAUUAAGAAAAUCUCCAUUGCCUUCAAAACUGCACUCAAAACACAUCUGUUUAAAAUCUACUACCCUGACUGAUCCCCCCCACCCCUCUGAUCGAUAAAUGAUGCUGCUGGGUAGCCGCCAAUGGCUUGACAUGUAAAUAGUUCUUGAAGGUGUGGAGUGAAUAUAAAUUUGCUUUGAUUUUAUUUAAUUAAUGUAUGUUAAUUUUUAAGUUUCAUGAUUAUGUUGUUAAAUUGUAUAAUAAUAAUAAUAAAGUUCAUUUAAAAAACAGCGUGAGCCUUAGGCUGGGGUACCACGCUAUAUAAAACCACCGCUAAUAAAAAUAAUUAUGUCACACUUCUG